AUGAUUUUCAAAAUCUGGUCCUUGCAGAGUGUAAUGGAUAUGGACGGAGUCCUGCUCAAUGAUGAUUUUGAGAUGACCCAUCAAAAUGGUGGCCAUGAUCACAAUGCUGUCUCUGGAGAGGAUGAUGUUUUCUCAAACAACAUGAAUGGAACUAUGUUGGAUCACAGUGUCGAGACCAUUGAAGGCUCGAAUGUGGUUGCUGAAGACCAUGACUUGGCUGUUGCUAUGGAAGGAGAGGGAGUGAAAGAUGCAGAUCAUUCAGAGAAAACUCGAUUGGUGCAGGUUCCAGGAAAGAGCAAGAAUGAGAAGCUUUCGGUUGCCAGAAAAGCAUCAGCGACUCAGCUGCCAAAGGGCAAGGAUUUCAAAGGUGUGGCACCCCCUACAGUUGCCAAAGGGACUGCGGCUCAGAAUUCACGGGCAAAAUUGCCUUCUAAGACUAAGUCUUUCAGCGAGAAGCAGGUCCCGGCGGUAAAGCAAUCCGGAAAGUCGGAAGCAGCAACAUCUGAAUCCCUCAUAAAAAAGACAACAUUGAAACCCUUGAAGAAAGCACCUAUUGCUGAAGCUGAUGGAGAUGGGCAAUCUUCUUCGUAUCCUUACUAUGACAGAAGUCCCACUGAAAGUGAUGGUAAACCUCGUAAGGCAGGGGCACUUCCAAAUUAUGGCUUUAGCUUCAAGUGUGACGAACGAGCGGAGAAAAGGAGGGAGUUCUAUACCAAACUUGAGGAAAAGAUCCAUGCAAAGGAAGAAGAAAAAAAUAACAUUCAAGCCAAGUCUAAGGAAAGCCAAGAAGCCGAGCUUAGGCAGCUGAGGAAGAGUUUGAACUUUAAGGCAACACCAAUGCCUACCUUCUAUCAGGAGCCUCCCCCAACAAGGACCGAGUUGAAGAAGGUAAUCUAUGCUUUCAUUUCUCACUGCCUUAUCAUUUCGAUUGCCAGUAGCGAGCUGCAUCUCUCAAAUUGCGUGCACAAGUGUUGUUAAUCUUCCCCUGUAGCGAGCCUCUCCCACCAAGGAUAUAAUCCUUUUAUUUAGCAUCCCAUAUAACCAUGGAAAGAGGUCUUCACCGUUUGUCCUGUUUUUUUAUCCAGAUACCCACAACAAGGCCUAAAUCCCCAAAAUUAGGUAGAAGGAAGAGCUCAUCACCAGCAGAUGCUGAAGGAAAUAACACUGAGGCAAAUGGAUUAGCUUUAGGUCGUCUAAGUUUGGAUGCUAAAGCCUCUCAGAAUGUUCCUACCCCAAAGGAAGUGGCUCCUGCCAUUACAAAGAAGCCAGCCCGCAAGUCACUUCCCAGACUACCGUCUCAGAAGACCAAAUUGACAAAAAACAACGGGAAAACUGGAGUCGUUGCCAAAGUAACCGACGACGAACCAAAAAUCACAAUCACAUCAGAUAAGCUGCAAGUGAAUGAAGUCACCGGUCCGCCGAGAGCUAAGCUUAGUGAAAUCGAGCCAGAAGAAGAGCAAAAUAUGAUGGUAGCUGGAGGAGAACAACAAGCUCAAGUCUGUGUCUCAGAGGACUGAGAAAAAACAGUGAGUUGGGAAAUGGGAAUCUCAGGUUAUCGACAUGGGAGCCAAUGUGGGUAAAUAAAAGAACGAACGAACGAAUGGAUCUCAGGGAAGACAGUGAAGCUCAAGUGAAGAUCUCUGCUUUCGGCGAGAUUGUGAGACGUCUGUCUUAUGUCCAUAGCACAGCGGUUGGUUACCUUAUUGUUGUGUGGCUUUUGCUUUCAAGGUUGCUGGUGUUCUAUCUCGUAAGGAUUCUGCACUGAACUUGAUGAUGUUGAUGUUCUUUGUUUUUCUUUCUUCUUGCAUAGUUCUUUUAUCCUAAUUUAUCUCGCCAAGCAAUGCGUAAAGAAGAGGGAAGGGGAGGAGGAGAAGAACAGGAUUGCUUACUGAAUAUUUUUGAAAAUGUUUUGGGGAUCCUUAGGCUGCCAGAACUUACUUAUAUUUGGUCAUAUGUUUGGAAUUCUGUUGGGAUACUUGGGACGCUGUAUUAUGCUCUCUUAUUUGUUCUUUGAACAUGUCUUCCUCUCUGACUCUGUUCCCAUUUUGCUUGUAUUUUGACAACCUGUCUUCCCCACUUGGUAUGAUCAAUCAACGAUGCUUGGAAACUCAAUUCAGUAUCGUUUCGUGUUGGCAGUAUUACACGUUCACAGAGGCGCGAUGUCGAUUGAGUAUGUAUCUUAUUUCAACGACGAUAUUACACCAUAUAUAUUAUCAUUCCGUUAGCUUGUUACAAAAUGCAGUAUGCCUUGCACAAACGCGGCGACAGGGGAGGAUAUAUUAUAUAUCAAGUACUCCAUUACACGAAUUGUAAUUAAAACAAAAAGAACACCAAUUAAUCCCACUGGCCAACCUCUAAAACGGCCAAUUGUUAACAACAUGUAAUUAACCUCUGUUCAUAUAAUUGUACUUCAUAUUAGAAGGAGGGAAAUCAAGGGAAAUUGGGGCAAGUAGUCCCUCAAUAUCUUUCCCUUGUUUCUGAUUUUCUUCUUUUCUUCAGGUGGUAGAAGCUGUUAGUGGAGGGAAGCCCAAUUGAGUUCCAAACCCAAUAGAGAACCUAUGGGCCGGCUGGUGGGCUUGCGGCAUCCUACGCGGCUGGAAUUGUUGGGCUUGUUCUUCUUCCACCUCUUCGUCUUCCUCCUCCUCCUCUUCUUCUCCCUCUUCUGCUACAUCCCACAGGAAUCGAGCAUACGAUGCUAUCACAUGGCAGUCGUCGGGGGAAGACUUGACAGCCUGAUUGAAGUAGGUGUUAGCACGGCCGCCGUCCCUGUGGUUGUUCCAGAUGAGAUCUCCGUACAUGGACAGGACGCCGCCGUCGCCGCCGCUCACCAGGAUGGCUCGCUCGCAGAACUCCUCCGCCCUCGCGGCGUCGCCGCGGGCCUCCUUCAAGAACUUGGCGUAAUUGGACAGCAGAAGGGCGUCGCCUGGGUACAUUGUGAUCAUAUCCCUGUAAUACUUGUCCAUCGAUUCCGUCCCCUGCGGCGGCAGCUCACCCCAGAUCCCGUCCUCGCCGUCUCCUCCUCGGCCGCCUGAAAACCCUCCCUCGCCACGGCCGCCGGGUCCUCCCGCCGACUCCAACGCCGCGACGACGCUUCUCGACGCCUCCUCUAACGACGAAAUCCCCCUCAAUUUCAGAUCCCCUUCCGAGGAGGUCCUCUGCAGCGGCGCCGUCCUAGACGAAGCCGGCACGGCCGUGAUUGCGGCCGAGGACGGCGGAGGUCGGAGCUGCGAGUAGUGGAGAGGGCUCGUUCCAUCCUUGAUCUGCUUCUUGGAUUUCCCCUUCUUGGAGGAAAACAAUUUCAGAUCUCCCUCCGAUGAGGUCCGCUUCAAGGAAAGCGCGGGCGGGACCUGGCGGAGCGGGGAGUAUUUAGGGCUGACGUGGGAGGGCGUACUGGCGGCGUCGAUUUCCGGCACCACGGAGCAUUGACCCACCAGGUUCUUCAGGGCCGGCGUAGAGGAGCUCCGGAGAAGCAUUUUUUAUACUUUGUUUGGGUGUUUUUUAUUUUUUUUGGUUUUUCCUUCCCGGUGUUUCUUUUUUCCGGUGAGGGAAAAAAGAUUCCGCGCGAGGAAGGAGGAGAGCUAUUCAGAGAAUUGGUUCUCGUCGAGUGGAGGGAAUGGAGAGGUAUAUAAAUCGGAAGGAAAGCAGAACCGGAAUUCGUCGGAGGACGGCGACGGAGCGCCGUCGGUUUUCUGGAUAAGUUUGAUUUUGACCUAUUUUCUACCGUUCACUGACGAGGUUAUUAUUAGUGUUGACGUGGGAUCUUGGUAGCCGUAGGAUUCUGUACUGUCAUUUCUUUAGCGGCCAAGAUUAUAGGUUAAGGUUCAACUAUUUCUUUUUUGGUGC